GUGGGCGAGGGGAAUUCUAGCUGUUUGUCCAGGAUGUAGCCCCAGUGCUCAGCCCUUGACCGCAAGCAGAAUGGGUUUACUGUCCUUGUCCCAGCUUGAUGGCUCUUCAACAUGUCUGUCUCCCUCCCCCAGCUUAUUUUGUAAAGUUCUCAAGAGCCAGGACAGUGACUUCAACUCCAGAGCGUGAAGAUAGUGACCUGCUUUGCACAUCUGUCCACCUUGGGUUUUCUCCAGUAGGACCUGGCCCCAAAGGGCUUCUCCAAAGGGUUGAUCUCUGUGGGCUUUGUCUGCUACCACCCAGAAACAACCUCAGGAAACCAGAACAUUGAAGCCAGCGAUUUCUGUUUGGAAAUAGGGUCAUCUUCUGCUGCUGACCUCCAUCAAAUCCCAUCAUGCCCACAGCCCUAUGCCCCCGAGUCUUGGCUCCGAAGGAAAGUGAGGAGCCCAGGAAAAUGAGAAGUCCUCCUGGAGAGAACCCUACCCCCCAGGGGGAGCUUCCCAGCCCCGAGUCUUCCCGCCGCCUAUUCCGCCGAUUCCGCUACCAAGAGGCUGCAGGCCCCCGGGAGGCUCUGCACCGCCUCUGGGACCUGUGCCGGGGCUGGCUGCGAAUGGAGAGGCACACCAAAGAGCAGAUCCUGGAGCUCCUCGUGUUGGAGCAGUUUCUAGCCAUCCUGCCAUGGGAGAUCCAGAGCUGGGUGCGUGCCCAGGAGCCCGAGAACGGCGAGCAGGCUGUGGCUGCAGUGGAGGCACUGGAACGGGAGCCAGGGAGGCCCUGGCAGUGGCUGAAGCACUGUGAAGACCCUGUGGUGAUCGAUGAUGGGGAUGGCCCCCCGGACCAAGAGCAGGAGCGUUUGCCAGUGGAACCCCAGAGUGACCUCACAAAGAGCCAGGACGCUCAGCCCGCAGCCUUGGCACAGGGCCUGGGGUUCCUAAGUAGACCACCAGGACAGCUCUGCGAAGAUCCAGAUACCGUCUUUGCCUGGAGCUCUGGAGUACACAAACUUACAGUUCCUCAGGACGUUGUCCUUCAAGAGGAAAGCAUGAGAGAUGCCCAGCAGGUGACCACCUGCCACCUGCCCCCGAACCGGGUUUCUCCAUUUAAGGACAUGAUCCUAUGUUUCUCUGAAGAGGACUGGUCCCUUCUAGACCCUGCCCAGACUGGUUACUAUGGCGAGUUCAUCAUUGGAGAGGACUACGAGGUCUCAGUGUCUCCAAAUGAAGCACCAGCCCAGCCAGAUCUUUCCCAGGGAGAGGAGAGCGAGCCACGGGUUCCAGAGUUUCAGGACCUCCAGGGCAAAGAAGGGCCUCAGGUCCCCCACUUGGACUUUCCUAGUCUUCAGCCAUUCCAGGUGGAGGAAAGAAGGAGGUGGGAGGAGCUACAGGUGCCAGGUCUGCAGGCCUGCCCACAGGUGAUGCUCCCACAAAGCAACUGUCCAGCCGGAGGUGACUCGCCGCCCCUAAAGAAUGGCCUCGACCAGGAAGUGACCAUUGAGAUCGUCCUGUCCAGCUCUGGGGAAGAGGACUCCCAGCACGGCCCGUACUGCAGGGAAGAGCGAAGGAGCAGCCCGGAGAAGCAGCUGAGCAGCGCCGAGGUCCGGGGCGAGGGGCAGGCCUCCCAGAAAUCCUACGUGUGUCCAAACUGCGGGAAGAUCUUCCGCUGGAGGGUCAACUUCAUCCGGCACCUGCGGAGUCGUAGGGAGCAGAAGCCGCACGAGUGCUCAGUGUGCGGGGAGCUGUUCAGUGACAGCGAGGACCUGGACGGGCAUCUGGAGACCCAUGAGACCCCGAAGCCCUACAGGUGUGGCGUCUGUGGGAAGAGCUUCCGCCUCAACGCACACCUGCUCUCGCACAGGCGGAUACACGUGCAGCCAGACAGACUCAAGCCGGUGCCGAAGAGAGAGGAGCGGGAGUCAGAGAGCGAGGGCCGGGGUCCAGAGCCCCUGCUGGAAAAGAGCAAGGCCAAGCCCAGCACACAGUGCCGUGACUGUGGGAAGGGCUUCCAGCGGCAGGACCAGCUGCUCAGGCACCGCAGCACCUUCCACCUGAAGGACGAGGGGCGUCCCUUCCGCUGCCGGUACUGUGUGAAAAGCUUCGUGCACAAUUGCGACCUCCUCCGCCACGAGCGCCUGCACAUGAAGCGGCGCUCCAAGCAGGCCCUCAACUCCUACUGAGCCCUCCCGGCGCAGCCACACGCACUGUGCCCCUGCCCAGGACAGAGACAGCGGCUCUUCCUGCCCUUUGCUCUCAGGUAGUGUCCAACUUCUGGUGCCAUGGGAGCCCCCUUCCUCCUCCCCAGAUAAGGAGAGUGGCUUGCCCAGCCUUCCUUCCCAUUCUGCUGUGCCAAAAACCAGGGAAGGCAUGUCACCACCAGCUUCAGCAUGCUUCAUAUGCGUGUCGUAACGGACACCCCCCCCCCAC